AUGUUCUCAUUACACAAGAUCCAUGGUAUAGCAGCACUUGGAGACCAGAUUGCACUUUGGGGUGCAAAGUCAGUUCUUUUUACCACCUUGGAAGAGACUGAGAAUGGAGAUAUUCGCGAGCUGUCGGCUAAUGACUGGGUUGUUUCCGUCGGCUUAAAAUUGGGCAUGGCUUUCAUUCAAACAGCACAUAAUGAAGUUAUCGAGUUUGAUCUCGAUGCGAAAAGAGUCAAUCAAGUUCGAAAAUGCUCGGAAUGUUCAAUAUUGUACUCGGGCCAACUAUAUACCCAGUCUAAUUUAUGUGCAGCAGGCACUGUGCUUGGUGGUGUCGUUGUUUGGGAUUACAAUACAGAGCAGGUCAAAUACAACUUCACUGAUCACGAAGGGUCGAUCUUCUAUGUACAAUUCUCCCCAUGUGGCAAAUUUUUGGCCUCAUGCUCGGAUGAUCGGUCCAUUAUCGUUUGGGAUUUGGAGACUGGCGAAUUAAUUGGCAGAGGUUGGGGCCAUGCCUCUCGUAUCUGGAGCUUAGAUUUUGCCGACAACGGGUUAGUUAUUAGUGUCUCAGAAGACUGUACGGCUCGUUUGUGGCAAGCUAAUGUACAGAAAAAGUCCUUGGAGACAAUUCAAGUCGUCCAUGGUCACCAAGGCCGAAACAUUUGGUGUUUAUCUACAACAAAAUUCGAGGGGGACACUGUCCUGGUUACCGGUGGUGGUGACGGCCGCAUUAAGCUUCAAAACAUUUCUCAACCGAAACAUUUCCAAGAAUGGUCUAUCACUGAUAUUGUUGGACAGCCUGAAAAAGGCGAACAUCUGAAAGAUUACAAGCGUCUGGAAGACAGGAUAGUAUUGACAACUUCUGCAGGCAAAAUAUACACUCAUGUUGACGGUGCAUGGAGUCGACUUGAUCAUACUAUCCUUGAUGAAUAUUCGGUAGUCCGCUUGGUAGGUGACAGAUUUGUUGUUGCCGCCCGCGAUGGCAGAUUCGUGGUUGUUUCCGACGGAAUCUACCAAUUCAAAGUUGAAUUAGUUGGCAAAUUGCUUGAGGCAUUCCCUGUUACUAUGGAGGAUAAUAAGCCCUGCCUUUUGUUACAGACUGAAAACAAAACAGAGCCCUACCGCAUCGUUGAUCUGAACGGUGAGACCCUGCAGACAUUCGCACCAAUUCAAAAUUUCAUGAUUACUAGCGCACUCUAUCACCGUGGCAUGCUGUUUGUUGGUUCUCGAGCCGGUGGUGUUGCUGUUUCGAAGGGCAACGAAUGGACUACUACCCGAAGGAUUUUCCAGACCCAGGACACUAUAACCUGUUUUGUUGCUAUUAGCGAAAGAGUAAUGAUCUCCUGUCGAAGCGGACAUUACGGCCUUUUUUCACCUGACACUCAGCUCACACCUUUUUACACUAACAAGCUUCAGCGAGGCAGCGUCGAGCGUAUUCAGAUUCAAGACGACGGUACGGUUCUCUUCUUCGGUUUCAAGACUGACAAAUUCUUCAUUUGGAAUUCAACUCACGACUAUGAGGUUGCAUCCGAGGUUUGUGGUGGAGCCCAUAGGGCGUGGUGCGCAGAAGUCAAUCGGGCUGAUGAAUCUCAAUUUGAGUUAUAUUUCACCAAAGCUGGGAAACUAUCACUUAUCUCAAAACCAGGAAAUCAACAUUUCAAACAAAGCAUCUUACGGACAGGAACUCAUGGAAGAGAAAUUCGCGGCCUUGAGUUCAGUUUGGCUCACCAGGGUCUCCUGGCCUCAGCCUCCGAGGACACAUGCGUCAAUCUUGCUUUACUCGACAAGAAUGAUUUUAUAGAAACGAAACUCUCUUUGAGGCACCAUGUUUCCGGUAUACAGGUCCUGCACUGGUCACUCUGUGGCAAAUAUUUAUUAACUGGCGGUGGUCGUGAAGAGCUGAUCUGGUGGAGAGUUGAUGUUCACGACAAAGAUGUCUACGCAAUGGAAAUUGCGCGCCUUCCAACUGUCUCAAAGUCUCCAGAUCUGCGCAUCAUGGAUUUUGACCUAGUUGAAACCUCUGAGGGCUCUUGGAUUUUAGCUACCGGUUACUCUGACUCUACCUUGCGUUUGUGGCGAUUUGAGAACGGAAGCUUCAGUCUUCUCGUGACUAAAAAAUAUCGAGAGUGCUGUAUUCUCAAUGUACAUUUGAUCGACGGAUAUCUAUUGACUUCUGCAACCGAUGGUCACCUUGUUUUAUGGCACUGCCGUGACGGGAACAUAGGUGAACCUUUGUUGAGACACCAGAUCCACCAAUCUGGAGUUCGCUGCUCUGCGGUUCAACUUAUCGAUGGAAUGAUUCAUCACUAUUCAGGAGGCGACGAUAAUGCACUGGUAGCAGUGACGGUGAAUGCCCAACAUGAAGUCACCGAAGUUUUCCGUCACAAUGAUGCACACUCCUCAACAAUCAGCUCAAUGGCUUUAACAGACGGCAAACUGUACACAACAGGCUGUGAUCAGAAAGUGAGGCUUUGGAGCUUGGAGGGCCAGUUAUUACAGAGCUUAUACACAUCAGUCGCUGAUACAGGAACGCUUGCUUUACAGAAUGACAAGUUGGUUGCUGGUGGUAUGGGUUUAGCACUAUUUCGUGUAGAAUAA